GUGAUUUACACAUUAUCCGAAGUUGUUAUUUUGAGUUCUGGUUUGCUGCAAUUUUUUCGCUGAGAAUUCAAGAUGCCCCCGAAGAAAAACAAGAAAAUAUACAAUGGUUUUUAUAUGUACAUGCAAGCAAUGAUGCCGGAGCUAAAACGACAGGGAUGCCAGUUUCCGAACGGAAUGAAAGACGCAGUGCCAAUCUGUCACCCGAUGUGGAAGGAGUUGCCUGAUGCUGAGAAGGAGGUCUAUGAGAGACAAGCUAAACAGAUGAAAGGAUUGAAGAAUGGUCAAGAUGCCAGUCGUAUAGAUUCUGUUGGUCAUCGUCUCAGCGAAAGAAUCGAUCCAGUUGCAAUAAAUGAAAAGAGAAGACGAGAUGAGAGAAAGAAUGUUAGUGGAAAGUGGCCAGAUGGUGAAGGAGUUUGCUUAGAGACAUUUUACAUGAUAGACAUACAGUCACUGUGUAAUAAAGAGUUACCCAUGGAGCAAUGUAAUGGUAUGCGUUAUUUGCCAUGUGAAAUAGCAUGUGUGGAGUUCAGUCUCAAUGCGGGCAUCCAUAAAUCAUGGCACAAGUUUAUUGAACCACCUCCUAUACCUACAGGGUUCAGAUAUAUUUGUAAAAGUGAUAGUGAAAAUACACAUCAGAUACCAAUAGAUAAGUUUGAGCUCUCGGAGCGUAGUUAUCGCACUAUUUGUCAGGAACUACUGGAUUUCAUUCGUGGUAAUCAACUUGGAAAUCAAAACUACCCUCCAGUUUAUUGCUCUAUGGGCGACUGUAACAAAAUAGAAUGGUGUUUAGACUGGCUGGCUUACCAAGCAGGUACUUCUAAUAAAAUCACUAAAGUGUACGAACUGGAAGGUCUGGUCAUGGAUUUAUUUGCACAUGGUAGUAGUGGUUUCCCGUCUAAAAACCAGGCACAUGAUUUGUUGACAACAUCUGUGUUUGACUAUGAACGAAACACCAGGUAA